UCACAACAAACAUGGAGGAGCAGCUUGCUGCCUAUCGAGCGAAGAAGGCGAAGGAAAAGGAUGAGUCGAAAGGAACGUUGACAUCGGCAGCAUACAACUUUGCUUCAGGAAUACUCACCUCACGGAAAGGGGUGAAAAACGAAGACAGUCGUCCGAGUGUUCAGGAUGAUCAGACAGCGGCCACUGCUCGCACAGGAGGUUCGGUCACCAUAUCUAGUGAAGGAGAAAUCCUCACCGAGGAGAAGCCAUUCUUUUCCACAGAGAAGAUACUGAAGGUUCUCCUGUGGUUCUUGCUGUGGGGAGUGUUUGUGGAACUGGGGUUUGGAGCUGUUUAUUUCAUUGUGUCGCUGUCCAUCAUACUGUACAGAAACACCAGGACGGGUCCUAAGCGAGAUGGCAACCUCAGCGCGUACUCCGUAUUCAAUCCAAACUGUGAGAGAUUGGAUGGGACAUUCACUGCUGAACAGUUCGAGAAGGAACUAAGACAUGGCCCAGGUGCAGUUCAUUGACGAUGUCACAAGGAUGGGGGUCCAUUCAUUAUGCUGCGACAAUGAUGAUGAUAAAGAAAAUUGUUGCAACAUAGCACACGUUCAGUUCAUUGUUGCCAUGACAUGGAUAAGGAUUUUUGCUGCGACACAUCUUCCCGAGGCAAGGGAGCUAACUGACUGUAAAAGUCCAGUUUCCACCCUUGCUGAACUAGGCUGGAAUUUCUGUGCUCGAUCGUAGUGUCACCAGUGGCUAUUACAAGUUAUGUCCCU